UGCAUUUCGGCUGUGACCCUAGGUCGAUUGCAAGUACCUUAUCUCUCGAUGGCACAGCUCUACGAUAUAUCAAGUGCUCUGCCCGUAAUUAGUCAGUUUCAGUUUGUCAGUGACGGACGUGCCCAAUACACGAACUAUAGAAUUCAAAAUGACAGCAAACGGGAAGAUAGAGAAAGAGGGAGAUAAGGAGAAGACUCGCAUAGCGACGUUAGAUGAAGCUAUGAUGGAAGCCGGGUUUGGUGUUUACAACAUUCUGCAUAUGCUGAUGAGUGGUGUCAUUCUGAUGGGCAUGAUCAUGCAGAGCUUGGCCCUCGGGUACAUCCUGCCGGUGGCCCAAUGCGACCUCAAACUUACCUUACAACAGCGAGGAUGGCUAUCAGCUAUUCCGUUCUUAGCAAUAAUAUUAACAUCAUACUUCUGGGGCUGGCUGGCAGACACCCAGGGUCGGAGACCUGUGAUGCUGUUCUCCAUGAUCAUAUCCGCGGUAUUCUCGGUCUUUGCCAGCUUCUCACCUGAGAUCAUCUCAUUUGCGAUCUUGCAAUUCCUAUCUGCUGUGUUCAUGUCCGGAUCAUCAGCAGUGGUUUACACGUAUCUCGGCGAAUUCAACAACCUGCGGCACAGGGACAAGAUGGUGGCCUUCGGGUCUUCGUUCGUCGGUAUCGGAACGGUUAUAUUACCAUGUAUAUCAUGGCUCAUUCUACCUCUAGACUUCGCGUUUCCUAUAGUCUACCUUGACAUUCUUUAUCGUCCAUGGCGUCUACUGGUCGUAGCCUGCGCAGUGCCUUUCGUUAUUGCAUCAGUGCUAUUGCUUUUCGCUCCGGAGAGUCCGAAGUUCUUGAACGCCAAUGACCGGUACAGCGAGGCUCUGGAUGUGGUGAAGACGAUCUAUUCGGGAAACAGAAAGAUGUCUAAAGACGAUUUUCCUAUAAAAUCCCUAGUAAUGGACAGUCAGCUUUCCAAAGCUUGUAAUAGUAAAGGAGCCGCUGCCGUCUGGUCUUCGAUGAAGGAUCAGACAGUACCUUUGUUCAAACGUCCCCUUCUGCCUUGGACCCUGCUGACUUGCUUUGUGCAAUUCGGAAUUUUCGCCACUACCAACGGUUUUUACGUAUGGUUUCCCACGAUACUAAACUCUCUCGCCAAUCACGAAGGAGGUGAGACUGGGAUCUGUGAUGUCUUGGACGCAAGUAGGGAAACUGCAGCCAAUGGAACUGAUAUAGCGUGCGACGAUACAAUGAACACUACGACUUUCGAGCUCUCGAUCUAUAUAGGGCUCGUGUUCUGCUCCAUGUACAUCGUCGUAGGCUUCCUCGUGGACUUCAUCGGGAAGAAGCCGAUCCUCAUCGCGCUUCUGAGCGCCACCGGACUUUGCGGGAUCGGCGCCCACCUGGCCUCCAGCCAACAUCUCGCGGUAGUUCUGUUCGCCAUCUUUCAAAUGUGCGGCGCUUGCAUCGGCCUCAUGAAUGCGGUUGCCGUUGAAUUGUUCCCCACGAAAUUCAGAGCCAUGGCGAUUUGUCUUUCAAUGAUGAUGGGAAGGGUCGGGUCGAUGAUUGGUUCCAACUUAAUAGGGGUUUUCCUGGAGACGAAUUGCGGAGCUGGCUUCUAUCUUUUCGGGGGAAUUCUUAUCGUAAACGCCAUAUUCUGUUUCACACUACCCGGAAAAAAGACUUUGAAGAGGAAACAGACGGUUGAGCCGACACACAAUGAAACCCACGAACCAGUAUGAACCAGCUUGGACCUGAUGCUAAGGACAAAAAAACUACAUUAUUUUUUAGAAACGAUCAGCAAAAGGAGUGGUGUGAAGAGAGUGAAAAGUGACAUGAGAUUCCGCAGAUAACGAGAUGUGGUUUUUUUUUUAAUUUAAAAUGAGUAGGUUUAUUCUGAUAAUUGAUACUCUGUAAUGAUGCUUAGAGCCAGAUAAUUUGUACUGAAAAAACAUACCUAAGUACCUAUGAGGGAAACGAUAUUGUGAAUUUUAUUUUCAUGACUUACCUACUUCAAGUUGACAAGAAAAGUAAAGAAAGAUUUGUUCUUUUUUUUAAUUUGAUGCAGUAAAUGAAAAAAGUAAUCGCAGAAAAUAUAUAAAAAUAAUGUGAAAAAAGCACCUGUGUUUUAAAAAUGUAUCGCGCUGGAAAAUUUUAUACUAUGUAUAGGUACCUAGCUUAUGUAUGUACACAUGUAUAUAAUGUAAAUAUAGAGUAAAUUAUUUUUAAGAA